AUGCGGCACUCACAGCGCUGGUGGGUUGUCGCAGCGCACAUUCACACGCCGAUCGCCGUUCAUUGCGCUACGAGAGCCCGCCUCGCACGGCGCUCGGCCGCAUGGCCGCAGCAGCAAGGCGGCAGUGCAUUGACUCUAUUGUCCUCCCCGCUCCUGUCAUCGCUGCCACACGCUUCGCCCUGCGUCCCUCGCUUGUCGGUCACCCUUCGCCUUCCGCAAUUCCUUUCCUCUUCUCUUCCCACUGCCCUCGACGGCUCGUCACUCCCCUUUUCCGCGUGUGCAGGCGACGGAUGCGCGACGGGCGCACCAUCAGGCGGGCAGGAGAUUCAACGGGACGCGCGCACGCAUGUCUCGUCCACGCAAGUCGCGAGCAGCCACGUCGCAGCAGCGGAGGUGCUGUGGAGAGCAGAGCGGUCAGGGGCGGUGUGUGGCGGUGAACGGGCGGCAGCAUGCAGCCACGCGGCAGCUGAGGGCGCAGAGAGGGCGGGCGGCAUGCGUGGCGCCGCGCCCCAACCCCUCCACACGCCAUCCCUUCUCCGCCUCACUCCACUGAGCCCCGCCCAUUCCCGUAGCGUCCACUGCAACCUCCACCGCGUGUUUCACGCCGCCCCUCACUGCCUCUCAGCUCGCGCCGCUCCAUUCGCCGCUUCCAAUCCACUUGAAUCAGCCACUGCCACGUGGCAGCGCAGCUCGCUCUUUCACCGUGCCUUCCACGCGUCAGGUGCGCUGCCAGCUGGCGCCAGCUGUGAGAGCAUGUGCGUCCUGUGCGGUGGGGUGGGCUGUGGUUGGAGGCGGUGGGGUGGUGUUUUGUGGCGGCGUGUGAUGGGGUGUGUGCUGGCGAAGAAGUACCACCCGGACGCGAACAAGGACGACCCCAAUGCAGCCAAGAAGUUCCAAGAAGUGCAGCAGGCGUACGAGGUGCUAAAGGAUGAUGAAAAGAGGGCCAUGUACGAUCAGGUUGGACCGGAGGCGUUUGAGGGGGGGGCAGCAGGGGGCCCAGGCGCAGGGGCGGGUGCUCAGGGCUUCGGCGGAUUCUCUGGCUUCGGAGGGCCGUCGGACUUCGAAGAGAUGCUGGGCGGCAUCUUUGGGCACAUGGGCGGCAUGGGCGGCAUGGGUAUGGGCAUGGGCAUGGGGGCGGCGGGGCCGAAGGGGGGCGAGAGUGUGCAGAUGGCGGUGAGGCUGACGCUGAGGGAGGCUGUGGACGGCUGCUCGCGCCACCUCUCCUUCUCUGCUCCCGCGCGCUGCUCCUCCUGCAGCGGAUCAGGCAUGCCCAAGGGGUACCAGCCCACCCCAUGCAAGGCGUGCAAGGGGCAAGGCAUGGUCAGAGAUGCGGCGGAUGGGGGCGUCAGUGGUGAUGCAGACGUGCUCCUCCUGUGGCGGCCAGGGCGUCUUUGUCAAGGGGUGGACUCGGGAGUGACUCUGAGGGUGCCGGGGCAGGGAGGCGCAGGGGGGAAAGGGGCUCCACCUGGGGACCUGCUGCUGAACAUUCAGGUGGAGGAGGACGCGGUGUUCAAGAGGGACGGCAACGACAUCCACGUCGACCUCCACGUCUCCUUCCCCCAGGCGUGUCUGGGAGCAUCAGUGCCGGUGCCAACACUCUCCGGGGAGGUCAUCCUUAAGAUCAAGCCGGGCACGCAGCCAGGCCAGGUGCUCCAGCUGCGCGAUAAAGGAGUGCGAUCCGCCACGAGUCGCCGAGUGGGGAGUCAGUUUGUGCACGUCAAUGUCGCCGUGCCCAC